AUGGUGAGAGUUUUGUGUCUUCAUGGAAACCGACAGACGGGGGAGAUUUUUGAGCACCAGCUGAACAAGCUGUGCAGAGUUCUUUCUGGAGUUGCAGGGCUCGACUUUGUGGAUGCGCCUUGCGUCCUUGCAGACGAUAUGGUGAACGGUGAUGCAGUGGCCACGCGCUCGUGGUGUGAAAUUAAGGGUAACGACGCAAGAGACGUGUAUGCGGUAGGGGACGACGUGGUACGGCGUUGUAUGACCACAGGCAGUACCCCGUACGAUAUCCUCCUAGGGUUUUCCCAGGGAGGCCUCCUUGCGGCUCGCUACGUGAUGCUGCAGCAGCUGAACGGAGCGGAGUAUGGACCACCUAUAAAGGGAGUUAUUAUGGCGGCGUCACAGGACCCACGCCGUGUCUUUCCAGAGCUGGUGGCAUCGUAUCUUCAUCAACUGCCGCCUCAUGACAGCAGUAAAAGCGGCUUUUUGGGUGCCGUACCCUCGCUGCAUAUAAUUGGGACGAAGGACACCAUUGUGGAUCCGGCGGAGAGCCGCUCCUUUGCGGAGGCCUGCAAGCCACACUCGGAACUUGCGUUCCACGAUCACGCUCACAGCAUCCCGCAACUGCAGAAUGUCCUGAUUGCUAUAAAAACAUUUAUUGAGCGCACCACUGUCGCGGCGGAGGAGCGAGGUGCGGCGAACAGAACAGAGGAAGGGGAUGGGAAAGAAACUAAUAGUGAUGUUGGGGAUGACGCGGAUGGUGGGUCCCUUGCCGCGGCACGCGAAGAAGAGCUGGAGAUGGUGUCAUCCAUGUACGGCGAGGAAUGCGUGCAACGCCAUGAGACCUCAGUGGUGUUUUUACCACUUCUGCUUGACGGGGUCUCUGAUGAUGCGUCGGAUGCUCCCCUCUCCGCUUUGAGACUUUGCAUGACGCUUCCGAGAAAGUACCCGGCAGAGCUGCCCAUGUUGGACGUGGUUGGCGGCCCAGCAGAUCAUCAUGUCGCCUUUGAGCGCUGGAAGUUGCAGCUGAUCGCCAAGACCCUCGCGUACCUGCGGGAGGAUUUGGGUGUUGGGAACGCCAUGCUUCUUCCAGCGAUGAUGUUCGCUGGCGAACAGGCGGCGAGCGAGGUGGUGUUUCUGCGGUCGGUAUUUAUGUCUGCCAAGGCAGGUGCCUCCGCUGUGGCCGAGGACUCUGCGACGCAGCACCCGCAGGCAAAGAAUGCAUGGUGGGACGCUGAUGAAGAUGCCGAUGACCGGGCAGCGUGUAUUGCGGAGACCGAAGAACGCGUGCAGCGGGCGCUCGAGGGGAAGGCACCACUGCAGGCGUCAAACGAGCCUGCGACUGACCUUGUAGACAGCCAUAACGCGACUUCACGGGGCGGAGAGCUGGAGCUGACCAUUGGCCUCAUUGGGAAGCCGUCAGCGGGGAAGAGUACUUUUUUAAUGCCGUUACGGAUCCAGAGAGUGAGAGUAGGGCCGCCAGGGUGGCCGCGUUUCCAUUCACAACCAUUGAACCCAACGUGA